AUGGAGCUAAGCGGAGCCACCCUCGUUCUCAUUUCUCUCAUCUCAGUUGUGAUUCUAGUUUCCUUGAUUAGCCGCAAAUUAGCACCAAGUUCCAUGAAGCGGCAGCCUCCUGGCCCAUGGUGUCUGCCCGUAAUCGGAAACCUCCACCAAAUCCUGACGUCGAAGCUGCCGGUCGUCCUUCGGGACCUGGCCAAGAAGCACGGGCCGGUGAUGUACCUUCGGCUUGGCCAGGUUGACGCGAUCGUCAUCUCCUCACGGUGGGCAGCAGAGGAGGUGCUCCGGGAAAAGGACCUCUCCAUGGCGUCCCGGCCGACCCUGAUGAUCUCGGAAAUCAUGCUCUACCGGAACCUCGACAUAGCCUUCGCGCCAUACGGCGCAUACUGGCGGACGCUGCAAAAGAUCUGCACGGUAGAGCUCCUGAGCGAGCGGAAGGUGAGGCAGUUUUCGCCGGUGAGGGACAACGAGACCAUGUCCCUCGUCAGGAACGUUCGUGAUGCCAUGCAGCCGGACAAGCCGUUGAACCUCGCCAAGCUGCUUAUUUCGUGCUCCAACUCGAUAACCGGGAAGACUUCGUUCGGGGAGAUGUGCAGCUCCGAGCUCCAGGAGCAGUUUCUGACGGCGAUGGACGUGGGGCUGAAGCUCAGCGCCGGGCUCUGCGUCGGGGACCUCUUCCCGUCGCUGUGGUUCGUCGACGUUGUCACCGGGUUGAGAGGUCAGCUAUGGUCAGCCCGCCGGCAGCUGGACAAGGUGCUGGACAAGAUCAUCUCUCAGUCCGAGAUGCGGCGGGGCGACCACCUUCCGAGCGUUUUGCUUAGGAUCAGGGACGAGGGGGGGCUUGACCUCCCCAUGGGACUGGAUAACGUCAAGGCAAUCAUAAUGGAUAUGUUCACGGCCGGUACGGAGACGACAUCAUCAGCCUCCGAAUGGGUCAUGUCGGAGCUCAUGAGAAACCCCGACGUGAUGACAAAGGCACAGGCCGAGGUGCGACGAACAUUCGACAAUAAGAGCCCACAAGACCACGAGGGACAUGUAGCGGAGCUACACUACACAAAGAUGGUAAUCAAGGAGAGCAUGAGGUUAAAUCCAGUGGUGCCGCUGCUAGUUCCCCGUGUCUGCAGAGAGACCUGCGACAUCGGUGGGUUUGAGGUCAUGGAGGGAACCAGGGUAAUGGUAAACACGUGGGCGUUGGGUAGGAACCCCGAGUACUGGCAUGAGCCCGAGGAGUUCAGGCCGGAGAGGUUCGAGGACGGCACCGCGACCUACAAAGGAUCGCGGUUGGACUACUUGCCGUUCGGGAGUGGGAGGAGGAACUGCCCCGGCGAUACCUUUGGGAUGGCCGUGUUGGAGCUCAUGGUGGCACGGCUUCUCUACUACUUUGACUGGAGCCUCCCUGUCGGAGUGAAGCCGAGUGAGCUGGACAUGGAAAUGGAAGUUGCCGCAACCUCAAAGAGGAAGAACCAGCUGCACCUAGUGGCAACACCGUACAAGGCAUGCGUUGUCAAUUAA